AUGCACCCGGCGCGGACAACCUUCGUCGCGCUUCAGCCUCCAUCGCUGCCGGGAGCAGGCGAGCCCGAGACGGUAAUCAUCACCGUCAAGCCCGCAGAGGACGAAGCCGACCCGUUCGCUGUCAUCGGCUUUGACAUCACCUUGACGGAAGACUCCGAGCUGAGAAUCAAGCCGAGGCGGAACAGGAUCAACUUAGUCCUUCUGUCCACGAAGCUCAUGAGGAGGGCGGCGAUGGAAGUCGACCAAUGUCGGGCUCUGCUGGGGAACCGAAAACGCUGCCAGCUGCGGAGGAACGGCCGGGACUGGUGCCCUGUUCACCGCGAAUACCAUCAAUUCCUUCACAACGGGGAGCUGAAUGACCGGAAGCACCUGUAUGAGCAGCUAGAGCUGCACCAGCUGAAACCAAGAACUGCGUCCCUGGCGUUGCGCAUCAUGGUCACCGAAAUCCUCUACGCGGGCGACGAAGACGACAACCACGGCACCUUUUUCCACAUGACCAAGCAGAACCGGGCCAAUCUGUCCCAGCAGCUGUCCUGGAAUCGGUCCGACGGCUCGAACAGGAGGCCCAUCUCAACCUUCAUCGAUGACUUCCUUGCCGCGGCGAGGGAGCGGGAGGGCAAGCCGGAAUCCCGCAGCGUGUGGGCAGACAGCGCCGUCGUGAACCUCGCCGACGUGAGAACCAUGCAGGCCUUCCAGACCCAAAGUCGGUACCCGUCGGUAUCCGAGCUGUUUGGCGCGGCCGGGUCGCUCGAGAUGCGUAACCACCUCCUCGAGAAGGCCAGGCUGAACGGGGACCUCCCGGACCUGCCCCCACGACCGACGCCACAGGCCCCUGUGGUUGUAAAACCGCUGACUGAGGAAGAGGAACGGGAGUAUUGGGUGAAACGUGGUGCUCAAUGUUGUAUAGACACGUCGGAUUGGUAA